AUGACAAAAAUCCUGUUGGCUUACAGCGUUGUUAAAUCACUGAGACAAGGAUGCAUGGUGGGCAGAAAAGUGGGAAACACGUCGGGCUGGCUGAGACUGCAAACCGCUAAACUGUUUAGUGUGAAGGCUCAGACAGCCCACCUGGUCUUGGAGGAUGGCACCAGGAUGAAAGGGUUUUCCUUUGGUCACAAAGCCUCUGUAGCAGGGGAACUGGUAUUCAAUACUGGCCUGGUGGGGUAUCCCGAGGCCCUAACUGAUCCCAGCUACAGAGGUCAGAUUCUCACUUUGACCUACCCAAUUGUUGGGAACUAUGGGGUACCCAACACCCACGAGCUGGAUGAGCUGGGCCUGAGAAAACAUGUGGAGUCUGACCGCAUCCAGGUUUCAGGUCUUCUGGUUCAAGACUACAGUCAUGAGUAUAGCCACUGGAACUCUGUGAAGUCGCUGGGUCAAUGGCUCCAAGAAGAGAAGGUUCCUGCACUGUUUGGAAUAGACACCAGAAUGCUGACCAAGAUCAUCAGAGACAAGGGCACAGUUUUGGGAAAGAUUGAAUUUGAGGGUCAACCUGUAGAGAUAUCCGAUCCCAACCAGAAAAACCUUAUAGCAGAGGUUUCAACUAAGGAAAUCAGAGUGUUUGGAAGAGGCAACCCAAUCAAAGUGGUUGCUGUUGACUGUGGUGUGAAACAUAACAUAAUUCGGCUACUGGUUAAGCGAGGUGCGGAGGUCCAUCUGGUGCCAUGGGAUCAGGACUUGCUGAGUCUAGACUAUGAUGGCCUGUUCAUAUCAAAUGGACCUGGAGAUCCAUCUUUGGCUAAGAGUCUCAUUAACAAUGUGCAGAAGGUUCUGGAGAGUGAUCGUCCUCAGCCAGUGUUUGGGAUCUGUAUGGGCAACCAGAUCACUGCUCUGGCUACAGGAGCAAAGUCCUACAAACUCCCUAUGGGUAACAGAGGUCAGAACCAGCCAGUACUAAACUUGAUGACAGGCCAGGCCUUCAUUACAGCCCAGAACCAUGGUUAUGGCAUAGACAGCAUGUCCCUCCCCCAAGGCUGGAGCCCACUUUUCAUCAACGCUAAUGAUGGCACAAAUGAGGGCAUCAUGCACAACAUUAAGCCUGUCUUCACGGCCCAGUUCCAUCCGGAGGCUAAGGGGGGUCCCACUGACACAGAGUUUCUUUUUGAUGCCUUCAUAUCCCUGAUUAAGAAAAGAAAGGAUACCAACAUAGUGUCAGUCAUGCCCACAAAACCCAGCAUCCCUCCCAGAGCCCAGGUGUCAAAGGUGUUGGUACUGGGGUCUGGUGGUCUAUCUAUCGGUCAGGCAGGAGAGUUUGACUAUUCUGGAUCUCAGGCCAUCAAGGCUAUGAAGGAGGAAAGCCUGAAGACUGUGCUCAUGAACCCAAACAUAGCUUCUGUUCAGACCAAUGAAGUAGGCUCCAAGCAGGCGGACUCAGUCUACUUUCUGCCUGUUACUCCAGACUUUGUAACUGAAGUCAUUAAAGCUGAGCGUCCGGAUGGGAUUCUGCUUUCCAUGGGUGGACAGACUGCACUCAAUUGUGGAGUGGAACUAUUCAAGUGUGGCAUCUUGGAGCAGUACCAGGUAAAAGUACUUGGAACCCCAGUGGAGUCUAUCAUCGCCACAGAGGACAGGCAGCUUUUUGCUGACAAACUGAUGGAGAUCAAUGAGAAAAUUGCACCCAGUAUCGCUGUGGAGUCGGUGUCUGAUGCCUUGAAAGCAGCCGAGCAGAUAGGUUACCCGGUGAUGCUGCGAUCAGCCUAUGCUCUGGGUGGUCUGGGCUCUGGUCUGUGUGCUAACAAAGAAAGGCUAGAGGAAACUGCUCACAAGGCUCUGGCCAUGAGCAAUCAGAUUCUGGUGGAGAAAUCUUUACUGGGCUGGAAGGAGGUAGAAUAUGAGGUUGUGAGAGAUGUGGCUGAUAACUGCGUAACUGUCUGCAACAUGGAGAACUUCGAUCCACUGGGCAUCCACACAGGUGACUCCAUAGUGGUGGCCCCGAGCCAGACUCUUUCUAAUGAAGAAUACCACAUGCUACGUGAGACUGCUAUCAAGGUGGUACGUCACCUUGGGAUUGUGGGUGAAUGCAACAUUCAGUACGCCCUGCACCCCACUUCCUUGGAGUACUGCAUCAUUGAAGUUAAUGCCAGGCUCUCAAGAAGCUCAGCUCUGGCGUCCAAAGCUACUGGGUACCCUUUGGCAUUUGUAGCUGCUAAGUUAGCUCUGGGAAUCCCCCUCCCAGACAUCAAGAAUGCUGUGUCAGAGAAGACUACAGCCUGCUUUGAGCCCAGUUUGGACUACAUUGUCACCAAGAUUCCGCGCUGGGACCUCGACCGCUUCCAGGGAAUGUCUCGUGAAAUAGGCAGCGCCAUGAAGAGUGUUGGAGAGGUGAUGGCAAUAGGUCGAACUUUUGAGGAGAGCAUGCAAAAGGCCUUGAGGAUGUGUCAUCCCUCUGUUGAUGGCUUUGUUCCCCGGCUACCUCUCAAGAAAGCCUGGACCGACACACAGGACCUUCAGCAGGAGCUGGCCGUGCCCUCCAGCACCCGCAUUUUUUCCAUUGCCAAGGCUCUCCACCAUGGCAUGAGUGUUGAUCAGAUCCAUCAGCUGACAGCGAUAGAUAAGUGGUUUCUCCACAAACUCCACAGGAUAACACAGCUGGAGCAACACCUUGGAAACUACCAAAGUGGCACAGUUCCUAAGGACCUGCUCCUGAAGGCCAAGCAGCACGGCUUCUCAGACAAGCAGGUUGGUCAGAUUCUAUGCUGCAGUGAAACAGCAUCCAGAGAGAUGAGGCUCAGCCAUGGCAUCAGACCUUGGGUCAAACAGAUUGACACUUUAGCAGCAGAGUACCCUGCAAUGACCAACUACCUGUACUGUACUUAUCAUGGCCAGGAGCAUGAUCUGGACUUUAAAGAUCAAGGAAUUAUGGUUCUUGGUUGUGGGCCUUAUCAUAUUGGCAGCAGCGUAGAGUUUGACUGGUGUGCGGUGUCCAGCAUCAGAGCCUUGAGGAAAAUGGGCAAGAAGACAGUGGUGGUCAACCACAACCCUGAGACAGUCAGCACUGACUUUGAUGAGUGUGACCGUCUUUACUUUGAAGAGCUGACUCUGGAGCGCAUCCUUGACAUCACUCAACAGGAGGGUUGCUCUGGUAGCAUUGUGUCAGUGGGAGGUCAGAUUCCCAACAACCUGGCCAUCCCAUUGCACCUGAAUGGAGUGAAGAUUCUGGGGACAAGCCCCCUGCAGAUUGACCGGGCUGAAGAGCGUUCCGUCUUCUCCAGUAUCCUAGAUGAUCUUGAGGUGGCCCAAGCCCCGUGGAGGGCACUGAGCACACUGGAAGAUGCCUUCUCGUUUGCCAACCAGGUGGGCUAUCCCUGUCUACUACGGCCCUCAUAUGUUCUCAGUGGUUCAGCAAUGAAUGUCGCGUAUGGAGAAGAGGAGAUGAAACGCUUCUUGGAGGAGGCUGCACAGGUAUCCCAGGAGCAUCCAGUUGUCAUCACCAAGUUUGUACGUGGAGCCAGGGAGGUAGAAGUGGAUGCAGUGGCUAAGAAUGGCAAGGUUCUCGUCCAUGCCAUAACUGAGCAUGUGGAAGAUGCCGGGGUACACUCAGGGGAUGCCACCUUGAUGCUCCCAACCCAAACUAUUAGCCAAGGGGCUCUGGAAAAGGUUAAAAUCGCCACCCGGAAAAUUGCUCAAGCAUUUGAGAUUUCAGGGCCCUUUAACACUCAGUUUCUGGUUAAAGGCAAUGAUGUCAUGGUGAUUGAGUGCAAUCUGCGGGCAUCACGGUCCUUCCCAUUUGUAUCAAAAACAAUUGGUGUGGACUUCAUCAAUGUGGCAACCAAAGUGAUGGUGGGAGAGCCUUUGGAUGAAUCAUGCCUGCCUUCACUGGAGAAGCCAAUUAUUCCAAUAGACUAUGUAGGAAUCAAGGCACCCAUGUUCUCCUGGCCACGACUGAGGGACGCUGACCCUGUUCUACGCUGUGAGAUGGCUUCCACUGGAGAAGUGGCUUGUUUUGGACGAAACAUUUAUUCAGCUUUCCUGAAGGCUAUGCUCUCCACAGGCUUUAAGCUACCACAGAAGGGCAUCCUGAUUGGGAUUCAGCAAUCAUUCAGACCAAACUUCCUAGCUACAGCACACCAGCUGAAAGAGGAAGGUUUUAAGCUCUACGCCACUGAAGCCACCUCUGCCUGGUUAUGUGCCAACGAAGUACCUGCCAUUCCAGUAGCCUGGCCCACUGGAAAAGACAGAAACUCUACCUUGCCCAGUAUAAAAAGAUUGAUCAGAGAGGGCCAUAUUGACCUGGUGGUCAACCUACCCAAUAACAACACACGCCACCUGAAAGAUAACUUCCUCAUACGGAGAAUGGCUGUUGACCACGGUGUUCCCCUCAUUACCAAUUACCAGGUGGUGAAGCUGUUUGCUGAAGCUAUUCGUUACGCAGGUGAGCUUGACACUACCAGCCUCUUCCACUACCGACAGAAAGAAAGUCAGCCAAGAGGAGCCAGUCAGGAGGGAUAAAGCUUCAGUCCCCGUUUUGACUGUCCCCUUGAUUUCAGUUGUAAAACACGAGGAGGUACAAUUUUCCAGGACUCACCAAAGCCAAAAUACAUAAAAAUAUUUGGUGAAAAACCAAUGUAUUAUCUUUAAGGGCAUUAAUUACACAAUUAAAAUUUUGUUAAGUGAAAAAAUUACCAAUGCAUUGCAUGAUUACUUGCAAGUUUUUCAAUCUUUUAAACUUUUGGAUGCAAUGUGUUUAAAUGCAAUCAAGAAAAGGUUCUUAAAAUGAUUUAAAUCUGUGCAAGUGUUUUAAGUUGGUUGUGAACUGAAUGUUAAACCGACCUUUCUCAAAUGUCAAAGAUCAAACAAUGAAUUUUAGAAAAACAUCGUCAAUAAUUCAAAAAGUCAAGUGAUAGACUGGAUUAUAAUAAAAAUCAGCCAAAUAAAUAUUUCACAAUAUGACAGUUUAAAAUGAUGACAACCUAUUGUAUUGAAAUAGGUAAUGAACCACUAGUAAACACAUAAAUAUUUAUAGUCAAACCAUCUUACCAAUCUAGAAACAGCUAAUAAUAUGGAUUAAUGGAAUUUCAUGCAAUGGAACAUUUUAACCUACAAAGUACUGUAGAUAUGGUCGCUGUAAGAAAGAUAUGUUUUUCCUUUUAUUUUGAAGUGGGCAUAUAUAGGGUACUUAUGAGCAGCUAGAUAGCUGUUGGCCUGCUUGGUUUAGAGAGGAGCCACACCAUUUCGAUGUACCACAGUGCAACAGCAUUUUAAUAGAUGCUAGACAGCAAUAUAUUUACUCUACAGUGUUACAUCUUGUUGCUGUUUCUGUUAAUAUUUGUAUCCUAUCAAUCCACUUAACCAUGACAAAGUCUUA